GUUCAUUAACUUCGUUUUCUUUUCCAACAAGAAACCUUUUCUUUUUUUGUUUUUCAUUAUCUCUUCCAUUCCAUCUUCCACAUCUUCUUCGUCGGCAAUGUUAGUCCACAAGGUUUUGUCCCGUGUGUCCACCAACGUUUCUCGGACUUCUUUUACCUCUGCUUCGAAAUGGCCCCAACACUUCUCCAAUCACUCACAUUCCCUCAUUCAGCAAUCUCCCAACAAGGAGCCUCUUUCCUCAGUGACAUCAAUAACUGAUAUCUUGAAGAGCCUCUACCUUGACAAGUCAAUAAUUGAUGGCUUGAAGAGACUCUAUCGUCAGAAGUUGAAGCCGUUAGAAGUCACUUACCGUUUUAAUGAUUUUGUAUCACCAUUAAUGACAGAUAGUGACUUUGAUGCCAAACCAAUGGUUAUGCUUUUGGGUCAGUACUCAACUGGUAAAACAACAUUUAUCAAACAUGUGCUUAAAAGUAGUUAUCCAGGAGCCCAUAUUGGACCCGAGCCAACAACUGAUAAGUUUAUUGUUGUCAUGUCUGGAUCUGACGAGAAAACUGUUCCUGGAAAUACUGUUGCUGUCCAAGCAGACCUGCCAUUUAGUGGCCUUAAAACUUUUGGCACAGCAUUUUUGUCAAAAUUUGUGUGUGCACAGAUGCCUCAUCCUCUACUAGAACAGAUCACAUUUGUUGACACUCCUGGAGUUUUGUCCGGAGAAAAGCAAAGGACACAACGGGCAUAUGAUUUUACGGGCGUGACAUCUUGGUUUGCUGCCAAGUGCGAUUUGAUACUCUUAUUGUUUGAUCCUCACAAACUUGACAUUAGUGACGAGUUCAGUAAUGUGAUAUCAUCCUUACGGGGACAUGAUGACAAAAUUCGAUUAGUUUUGAACAAGGCAGACCAAGUUGAUACCCAACAAUUGAUGAGGGUUUAUGGCGCCUUAAUGUGGUCACUUGGGAAGGUGCUGAAGACACCUGAAGUAAUGCGUGUGUAUAUUGGCUCCUUCAAUGACAUGCCUGUAAAUGAUGCUGCCACUGGUCCACUUGGUAAGGAACUGUUUGAAAAGGAACAGGAUGAUCUUCUUUCGGAUCUGAAAGAUAUACCAAAAGCAGCUUGUGAUCGAAGAAUCAAUGAGUUUGUAAAACGAGCCCGAGCAGCCAAGAUACAUGCCUAUAUUAUCAGUCAUCUUAAAAAUGAGAUGCCUUUUAUGAUAGGCAAAUAUGAAGCUCAACAUAGGCUCAUUGAUAAUUUGGCAGCUGAAUUUGGAAAGGUGCAAAGGGAGUUCCAUUUACCUCCUGCUGAUUUCCCAAAUGUAGACGAUUUUAGAGAGAGAUUGAGUGGUUACAAUUUUGAUAACUUUGCAAAAUUCAAACCAAGGAUGAUUCAAGCAGUUGAUGACAUGUUAGCUUACGACAUUCCUAACCUCUUGAAGAAUUUUAGGAAUUCUCAUGAUUAAAUUUCUGAGCUAGUGAGUCAAUGCUAUAUUAGGUUUGUCAGAUUGAUGUAUAUAGCAGAAAUUUUUCGGGCUCUUUGUGCACUCUGUAUUGCGUAUUGAAAAAUUGAAACACUCCAUUGCUGCAUAUACGAUUUCGUAUCAGUAACAAAUUGAAUUUUCGUACCUAACAGUUGAAUU